AUGCAGAAGAAAAAGAGUUGUAGCAAAUACAACCCAGUGUUCACGUUCAACUACCAGAAGGGCCACGAAACAUGGUCUAUGUAUGUAACUUCCGUGACUGGGCAUUUAACGGAGCAAAAGUUUGAUGACAAGUACCGCAACUGGGUGAACACAGAUCCCCAGGUGUUGUUCGACGCAGAAAUUACCAUCUACGUUGAAAAUGAUAAAAAGACAAUAGAAAAUAAUUUAAAGAAAUACUCCAAGUUUUGCAAUGUGCUAAUUUUAUGGCUGGAUUGUGAUAGGGAAGGAGAGCAUAUCUGCUUUGAAGUCAUAAACACCUGUUUCGUGAUGAACAGAUAUAUAAAAAUUAAGCGUGCCCAAUUUUCAGCUGUGACAGAGAAGGACAUCAUUCAUGCCAUUAACAAUUUGAAGUACCCUAAUCGUAAUUUAGCUCACAGUGUAGAUGUACGUAGAGAAAUUGAUUUAAGGAUGGGUUCUAUUUUUACCAGGUUCCUCACGAUUAGGUAUGAACAUUUAGUGAAGACUCAGACAAGCAUUAUUAGUUAUGGCCCCUGCCAAUUCCCCACCCUGGGAUUUGUCGUAAACAGGUAUAUGGAUAUAAAAAAUUUUGUAAACGAAUACUAUUGGUCGAUUAAGAUGCAGUACUUGUGUGAAGAGGGGGGUACUAAAUCAGGUGAUGAAUCAGAAGAGAGUAUACAAGUGGGCAAGAAAAAAAAACCGAAGAAGAAAAAAACGAAGAAUAAAAUUCCCACGGUUGAUUUUACAUGGUCGAGGAUAAGGUUGUAUGAUCACCUGGCUGUGGUUCUGAUUUACGAAGAGCUGGUAAAAAACCCUCUAUGUACGAUAACCAAUAUAUACGAAAAUGAAGUGAAGAAAUACCGUCCUCUUCCUCUGAACACUUUGCAAAUGACCAAGUUGGUGUCUAAGCACUUCCAUAUAUCCUCCAAACAGUGCAUGAACAUUGCGGAGAAGUUAUACAAUAAAGGGUUCAUUAGCUACCCCAGGACAGAAACCAAUUACUUCCCCAGCAGUAUGAAUUUACGAAGCAUUGUGGCUGAGCUGAAGAAAAAUGAUGUGUUCGGUUACUAUGCUAAGAAAUUAUCUGAUGAGAACCAUUUUAGAGAGCCUAGAAAAGGGAAGCUAAAUGAUAAGGCUCACCCACCUAUACACCCCGUUAAGAAUAUGUACAAGACAGACCAGGUAGAAGAAAAAGAAUGGUUGAUUUAUGAAUUUAUUUGCAGACAUUUCUUAGCUGUAUGUAGUGAUGACGCAAUUGGAUUUAACAGCAAGGUGGUUGCCAGUAUUGGUAAGGAGGAAUUUUUUUGUAAAGGAUUAAAAAUUGUAAAAAAAAAUUAUUUAGAAAUUUAUAUAUAUGAAAAAUGGAAUGAUAAAAUGAUACCUCCAUUUCAUAUAAGCCAAGAAUUCCAUCCCUACAGUUUAUUAGUAGAGGAAGGAAUCACACAACCCCCCAAGUACCUGUCUGAAAGUGAUUUACUCUCGCUGAUGGAUAAAUAUGGGAUAGGGACUGAUGCGACAAUGCAUGAACAUAUAGAAAAUAUUCAAAAGAGAAAUUACGUGUUUAAAAAUAAUAAGAAUUUGUUUAUUCCGACCAACUUGGGAAUCGCUCUUGUGUUGUCAUAUAAGAAAUUUAAGGACAUUGGGAUUGACUUGACGGAUCCGUCACUGCGCGCAAAGAUGGAAAAGGAUAUGACUUUAGUUGCGUCUGGCACCAAGGAUAAGGACGAAACGAUACGAAACUACAUAGACAUAAUGAAGUACAUUUAUCAGGAGAUGUACAACCGGAUAGACCUUCUCGACGAGCAGAUUACGUACUACUUAAGUAGUGCCGCGAAAGUGGACAAGUGCUAA